CAGCAAAUUCUUCCAACAAUCAGAAAAUGAGAUUCUUCAUUCUUUUCACCUCAAUGAUCGCCGCCUCAUCGGCCUUCCUCUUCCCAUCCGCAGGAGGAGGUGGUGGAGGUUGUGGAUGCGGUGCCCCACCACCACCACCAGCCUGUGCUCCACCACCGGCUCCAGCUUGCGGAGGAGGAGCUCCACCACCACCAGCCUACGCUGCUCCAGCUCCAUCAUACGGAGCCCCAGCCGGAGGAGCCUACCCAGUCGGAGGACGUUAAGAAGAAGCGAUUUAAAAGAAGGAUAUAAGUGUGUGUGUAUAUUUACGAUGACUAUUUAAAUAAAAAUUUUUGGCAUGGUUCUAAA